AUGGCUCUCGCACGACACGUCGACCCUGAUGAGCUUAUUAAGACACUGAAAGAUCAUCCACUGCACAAGGCUGGUGCACACCAGCGAGGAGUCAGCCAUACUACUCCCUACUCGAGCAGGUAUGCCGCCAGUGUUGAGCUUUCGAAAUACAAGAUCCCUCAGGAUGGCGCGCCCGCAGAUACUGUGCACCAGCUGCUCAAAGAUGAGCUUGAUCUUGAUGGACGGCCCAACUUGAACUUGGCCUCGUUCGUAGGAACAUACAUGGAGCGUGAAGCCGAAGCGUUGAUGAUCGAGAACAUCUCAAAGAACAUGUCAGAUGCCGAUGAGUACCCCGCGAUGAUGGACAUGCACGCACGUUGUAUCUCAAUCAUUGCUCAUCUCUGGGGCGUCCAAAAAGGCGAAAAGGCUAUCGGAUCAGCAACGACGGGCUCCAGUGAAGCCAUUCACCUUGGUGGGCUGGCAAUGAAGAGACGCUGGCAAGAGAAGCGCAUGGCUGAGGGCAAGGACACGUCCAAGCCGAACAUCAUCAUGGGCGCCAAUGCACAGGUUGCUCUUGAAAAGUUUGCCCGCUACUUUGAGGUUGAGGCUAGAAUUUUGCCUGUUUCCGAGGACUCUUCGUACCGCUUAGACCCGAAGCUGGUCAAGGAAAAUAUCGACGAGAACACGAUUGGUGUUUUUGUGAUCUUGGGUAGUACGUACACAGGUCACUACGAGCCUGUAGAGGAGAUCAACGAUAUUCUGGACGCGUUUGAGAAGGAGACGGGCCACGAUAUUCCCAUUCAUGUUGACGCUGCAUCUGGAGGUUUCAUCGCACCGUUCACGCAUGCUAAGGCCGGCAAGAAGUGGAACUUUGAGCUCCCUCGCGUCAAAUCUAUCAACACGAGUGGCCACAAGUUUGGUCUUGUGUACGCUGGUGUUGGUUGGAUCAUCUGGCGAGACGAGAGCUACCUGCCGAAGCACUUGGUUUUCGAGCUGCAUUACCUCGGUGGUACAGAAGAGUCGUACACGCUCAAUUUCUCGCGACCAGGAGCACAGAUCAUCGCACAGUAUUACAACCUGAUCCACUUAGGAUUCAAUGGAUUCCGCAGCAUCAUGGAAAACACGCUCGCCAAUGCCCGCCUGUUGAGUAGGGCGCUGGAGCACACCGGCUGGUUCCGCUGUGUCAGUGAUAUUCACCGAAAGAAGGGAGACGUAAAGUUUGAAAAGGGCAAGAAGCAGUACGACGAGGGAGAGAACAGUGCAGCCUACAAUGCCGGACUCCCUGUAGUGGCUUUCACCUUAACCGACGACUUCAAGAAGGCAUAUCCGCACGUGAAGCAAGAGUCAGUCAGCAACCUAUUGCGCGCUAAGCAAUACAUCAUCCCGAACUACCCGCUGCCGCCAAACGAGGAGAAGACCGAGAUUUUGCGAGUUGUUGUACGCGAGAGCUUGUCUCUGGAUAUGAUUGAUCGAUUGGUGACGGAUAUGUGUCAAGUCAUGGAGCAGUUGCAGAGAACGGAUGCAACCGACGUGGCAGCCUGGCAGCAGUCGAACGCCAGCGCGGAGAAGUCGCAUGCCUCUCUUGGACACCGAGCGCACAACAGGCACAAGGCCAAGAGGGCGAUGCAUGAGGGAAUUCACCGAUCUGUGUGUUAG